AAUAAUUAUGGGACUUUUCGAUAUCAUUGAAGAGAUAGUAGACGAUGAUUUGCUUUUUAUUAUAAAAUACGGAUUGAUCAUAUCUAAUUUCAUCACUAUAUUUUUCCUACUUUAUUUUAAAUCAAGGAAAUAAUAAAAUUAGAAAGAAGUAAUAGUAAUUAUAUUGUAAAAGGAAAAAAAAUCUGUUUUGAUAGUCACUGCACACCCUGAUGAUGAAGCCAUGUUUUUCUUACCAACAAUUACUUACUUGAAUGAUAACAAUUAUGAAGUUCAUUUAUUAUGUUUAUCAAAUGGAAAUGCUAAUAAAAUAGGAAAAAUUAGAGAAGCAGAAUUAUAAAAGUGUUGUAAAUACCUGAAAAUAGAAAAAGUAUACAUUUCUUUAUUUUUAUUUAGUUAACCAUAAUCAAUGAUGAAGAUUUAUAAGAUUCAAUGACUGCUACAUGGCCAAUAGAAAAAAUAUAAAAAAUUGUAGAAGAGUAAUAAUUAUUAAUUUAUAACAUGUAGUUAUAUAACUUAAAAAAAUAUGAAAGGAGUAAUCACAUUUGAUAAAAAUGGUGUCUCAGGUCAUUUGAAUCAUAUAGCCUGUUAUAAAGCAAUAUCUACAAUGAAAAGAAUAGAGGAUUUAAAAGUGUUUGUGUUAGAGACUACAAAUAUUUUAAGAAAGUACAGUUCAAUUUUAGACUUCUUUUUAUCUUCUGUUCUAAAUGAUAAUUUAAUGUUGAAUCUAAAUAUCUUAAAGGCAUGGAGAUCAAUGCAAAUCCACAAUUCACAAUUUGUUUGGUAUAGAAAGCUGUUUGUUGUGUUUUCAAGAUAUGCUUAUAUAAAUACGUUGAUUAAAAUUUGAGUUAAAUUUCGAGG